CCUCCAACGAGACACACUCGAAGCUCAUCCUUGCCCUUCGCGGUGGAGCUAAUCAUAAUUUCCCUCUUUUAACGUCUCUUUAAUCUUCCCGUACCACACUCUCUUCCUCUGCUCAAAGAAAGGGGAAAAAAAGCAGAGAGAGAAGGAAAGGACGAAAGAAUCCAAAACCCCCGGCACCAAUUCCAAAGAGAAGCCACAACGCACCAUCAGAUCCUCCGAUCUCCCCAAUGCCGCCGACCGAACCCUAGACCCACCCCCCCAGCCCCAAUUCUACUCACAAUCCUCGCCACCUCAUUUUCCUCCCCCGGUGAUUCCCGCGAUGGUGGACCCAGGCGGCCGGCGAUCUGCCCCCCGCCGGAAGAACUCCGGCCUUCGGAGGGCCUGGUGCUGCCCAUUCGGCGCCGCCCCCCGCAGCCCCGACCUUCGGAAUUCCCCUCACUACCAGCACCACCCCUCGAAGCCCCCCCAGAAGCUGCCGCCGCCCCCCUACUCCGGCGGCUCCUUCCACAGCUCCCCUUCUCCCAGCAGCAAGCGCGGCAUCAGCAUCAUCGACCCCCGCCGGAUCCUCUCCCCUGACCGGGUCUCCCCGAUCGACUCCGACGCGCCCCUGGGCCCGCUGCCGGAGAUCGCCGACUGCGCCUCGAUCACCACCGUGGCAGUGGAGUCGGAGCCGGAGAGCUUGGAUCCACUCUCAAAGGAGAUAGCUUUGGUCCCUGAGAGGUCGGCGGCGGAGGAUGGGGCUUGUUUGGGAGAGAGAGCUUUGGAUUUGAGGCUCAGCUUGAAGGGGAAAGACGGGAGGUGCUUGGUUUUGGAGCUGGAUUCGGAGGCUCUGUGCGAGAGUAGUGCAUUUUUUGCCUCCAUGGUUCUGAAGUCUGGCCAGAAGGUCUCGGAUGCUCUGGCUGAUGGCCGGAAGAUAGAGCUUACCGGUAUCGAGGAUUUGGGUGCUUUCAGGGGGACGAUUGAGCUGAUGUACGAGAAGGAUGCAAUGAGGUGUCUGAUGAAAGUAGGAGUCUCCCGAGCCAUUGACAUACUUGAGGUAUCUUUCACCAUCAUGUUUGACAGGGGUGUUGCGUCAUGUUUGAAGUAUAUCGAAGCUGUUCCAUGGAGUGCGAGCGACGAAGAGAAGCUUAAGAGCUUGCUCGCAAGGUACACAAUUGAUGAAGCAAUCUCUGAAGAUUUGCUAGCCAGGUUAGUGCCACAAGGUCCAAAGCACUCAGAAAAUCUAGCUGUGCAUCUCAUACAGUCCAUUGCAAAUGGAGUUAAUAGUAAUGCAAGGAAGGAGAUGCAAUCCUUAGUCAAUGGCCUCUUAUCCGAAAGUUCAGUCUAUCAAAAAGACCCGGCUGGUCUCAAUAAGGAGAAGCUGUACCACAUUUGUCAGUCUUGUCUGAACUCACUGGCGGAACUCUUUGAAGAAGCCUCCAAUUCUAGUCCCGUAAAUCAGAUGACAAUAGCGAAAGAAACAAAGCCACUGAUUGAGCGAGUCUGUAAGCAAGUCGAGAACCUUAACUGGCUGCUAGAGAUUCUUGUAGACAAGCAGAUGGCAGAAGAUUUUGUGUGUUUGUGGGCAAGCCAAGAAGGAUUGAUUAGGAUGCAUGAAACGGCAUCACCAAUGGUACGAUAUGAGCUCAGUCGGAUCUCAGCUUUUGUAUUUAUUGGGUUAGGAAGGGGGAGAUUGCAGUGCAGGGGUGAAAUAAGAUUCAGUGUCCUCAGGGCCUGGUUUGGACCUAUGUUAGAGGACUUCGGUUGGUUGCUGAGAUGCUCGAAGGGGCUGGACAUGAGGAUGUUGGAGGAGAGCCUGGGCCAAGCUCUCCUUACUCUUCCAUUGAAGCAGCAGCAAAGCUUUUUCGAGGAAUGGUUUCAAUAUUUCGUCGCCCAUGGCACCAACUGUCCAAACCUGAGCAGGGCUUUUCAGGUAUGGUGGCGAAGGUCAUUCCUAAGGUCCUCAGAAGCACACUGCUAAGCUUCUGCAAUCCUUCUAAUAUCUGGUUUGUUGUAGGAAUGUGAUAGUAGUGCAGGCUUUUAAGAUUGGUGGUGAGUCAGAGCAUACACCCUAGUGUAUGUUCCUCGACGGUGAGGACAUCCUCUAAGAGCGGAGGAUUUCGUGACAUUUCUUAUUAGCUGUCUUAUGUUUCUAAUAAGUUGUUUAAUAGUUGGCAUGUCCUAUGUAUAUAUAAAAUUCUAGAAUGGAAUGGGUUGUUUUAGAUAGAUCUUUAACAUGAUGAUUGAUGAUCUUAAGAUUUUUUUUCUAUUCAA